CCAUAAUUCAGUGCGCGUACGCAUGCGCAGUGCUGCGUAGGGCAAGCCCACGCUAUUUCUAUUAUUGUAUAUUACCUGUAUAUGCGCCAUUUUGAUUGUUUACGUGAAUGACAUGUGUCACCGAUAUCGUGGUUGGAUUCUCUAGUUUAAAAUCUUCACGAUGCCUGCCCAUUGUUGUGCAUAUGGCUGCAAAAACAGACAGAUUCCCGGCUCAGACAUCAAGUUUUAUAGAAUACCUAAAGACCCUCACCUGAGAGCAAAAUCGGUGUCAGCCAUUAAGAGGGACGACUGGGAGCCCAACGACCAUUCACGGAUCUGCUCCAAACAUUUUAUAAACGGCCAGCCCUCGAGGGAUCCCAUAAAUCCAGAUUUUGUGCCAACAAUCUUUUCUCACCGACCCGUUCCUGAAAGCAUUCUGCAAGAAAAAGUUCAACGUCACCAGAGGCUUCUUGAUAGAAAAGAGAACAUUGCGAAAAACGAAUCUGCCCAAGUUCUACUCUCCUUGAGCCAGGAAGAUUAUCAAAGGAACAUUGCCCAUUAA